AUGACAUCCGACACACUGCACGAUCUAGCCGCGACUUUCCAAUGGUCACCCUCUUACCUUGCUCAAUUACAACACAUUGCCGAUACGGACGACUUCAUUCACGAAGAUGACGUUCAUCACCAGCAACAACUCUCUUCCUCGUCCUCUGCCGCGGGUGCAUCUUCAUCCCCACCUGCAACACAACAUCCAGGAGCAUAUGAUUGGCCGGUAUUAAAGGACGCCAUCAAGUAUCGAAUUCGAAGCUGUUUGCAGGAGAGCUUUGGAUCAGACAGGGAGAUGGUGUUGCACCCGGCGACAAAGUUGAUGCCGUACAUGGAGCCGGGUGAGGAACUGGAAGUGACGUGGCAGAAGGCUGAUUGUGGAAUGCUGUGUGAGAAGCAGAAUGAGAAGGAAGAGGACAAGGCGGAGGGAUUGGCGAUGCCAUCAGCAUCUGUAGCGCAGGGCGAAACGAAUGGCGCAUCUGCUUCUGCUACAGAGAAAGAGGCAGCGGUAAUGGACACAGAGGUCGUCGAUGCUGCCGAGAAGGCAGCAGAUGAAACUCAAAACGUAACUUCUGACUCAGGAUCACCUGUAGCCUCAGCAGCAGCACAGGACGGCGAUGCAUCUUCACCAUCAUCGGACACAGCCGUCUACACCUACCGUCAGAACUCGUCGUCUUCUGACCCCACCCUCACACAUCCCCCCUUCGUCCACCGCGCCGACAUCACCAACUUCUACCCACCCAAGCGUCCUCUCCCAACCGCGCCUUCCACCACGAUUCAACCGCUUUCCCCGAUGGCCAUUGCGACGCACAUUCGAACCCUGUUUUCCAUGCUGGACGACUUUGACGUUCAGCCGCCGUUCACCAUCCAGCGUCUGUGCGAACUUGUCGUUGCCCCGACCGCGCACUACAAUUCCGCCUUGAAAUGGAUCAGUGCUCUGAAACGCUGUUUGUCCGUCACCGCUACGCGUGAUGCGUUUCCCAUUAGCCCCGUUCAGGCAGCUGUCGAGCUGGUGCCCAAUGGCACGCAUUCAGGUGAAAAUGUCGUAGCCGACAUUUCCGAACUCGAGAUGGAUCGGAUAGAUGGACUACCGCCUAGCUCGGCGUCCGGUGGGGUGCGAUCCAGGAGCUCGAGCGUGGGUUCGAACGCGAGUGUGGCCGAACCGCUGUUCUCGCCCAUUCCCUUCAUUGUGAGGGACGAGAAUGGACAGACGACAAGCAGUGGUGAUGGCGGUACUGCAGCAGCAGGACAGCAGCGAGAGACGGAUGCGAUGGCAUCAGAUCUGCAAGGCGUGGAUCGACGAGUAUUGAUGGACCAGACCCCGGACAUGGAAUUGGGCGGGGCAGAUAGGACACAGAUCGGGGAUCGAUUGCCGAACGAGAUCGUGGAUGUGGGUCCAGCUCGCAACGCACGCGUUGCGGAUGGUGCGAAUGCAACUGUGAAGCCACAGGAGCACGAGGCACAACAAGAUGCCGUCAUGCCAGAAUGCUCAGAUGAUCCGAUGCAGCACACAGCUACCACCGAUGCCGUCACUGCAGCAGUCCAAGCCUCCUCUUGCUCCACGGCGACACCAGUGUCCGCUUCAGCAGCAACUUGCGAACCACUCGGUGUCCCCGACGGCCAAGUCGACGAGAUCGACAACCCCACUUUCACGCUCAACCCUCUCACAUCUACCACCAAUGCUGCUCCAUCCGCAUCCGUGGCUACCUCUACAACUCCCUCAUCACAGCCAGUCUCAGGCUCGCAAGAUGUCCAAGACGAUCAAGAUACACCGCGCUCCACCAAACGUCGCAAAAGCGUCGCUUCCGUCCACGACGAUGCGCGCGCAUGA